CAUUCACUAACUUUACACUAAAUCCAUGUAUGAUACAGGAGCUUUACAUACUUGAAAUGUCGGAGAGAAAUGAUGAUAAGGGAAAGAGGAUCAUCAUUGGUGUUUCAACCUUGUUCUUGGUGGCUGUAGUUGGGGCUAUCGUGUUUGGUAUCAGCCUCAAUGAGAGUGGUUCAAAUGGAAAUGGUGAUAAUGUUAAUAACAAAAAGGAACAUGUUACUGCCUCUGUAAAAGCCGUCCAAACCCUUUGUAAUCCCACGAAUUACAAGGAAGAAUGUGAGGAAAAUCUCAUGGCAGGUGUCGGAGACAGCACAACAACAAAUCCAUACGAACUUAUCAAACUUGCUUUCAAUAUCACCAUUGAAAAAAUUACUGAUAAAUUCGAAGAAAUGAAUAUCUUGCAUGACAUUGAGAAGGAGCCCAGAGCCAAGAUGGCACUCGAAACAUGCAGACAACUCAUGGAUCUUUCGGUUUCGGAGUUAGAAAGGUCAUUUAUUGGAAUGAGCGAGUUUAACCUGAUGAGUGUUGAUAAAAUCCUCAUGAACUUAAAAGUUUGGCUGAGUGGUGCACUUACAUACCAAGACACUUGCUUGGAUGAGUUUGAGAACACCACCAGCGAUGCUGGUAAAAAGAUGCAGGAUUUAUUAACGACAGGCAUGCAUAUGACUAGCAAUGGUCUUGCCAUCAUAUCAGCAUUGUCUGAUACUUUCACAAAUUUGAAUGCCACAAAAUUAUUGGGACGUCGCCUCUUUCAAGAUUCUGAAUCACCCUCAUCGGUUAAUAAUGGAGGACUAAAUGAAACUCUGAUAUUAAAUCGCAAGCCUAAUGUGACGGUAGCCAAAGAUGGCAGUGGAGAUUUCAAAACCAUCAACGAAGCACUGAACAAAGUACCCAAGAAAAAUAAAACGCCAUUUGUGAUCUACAUCAAGGAGGGCAUCUACCAAGAGUAUGUCGAAGUUAAAAAGAAUAUGACUCAUGUGGUUUUCAUUGGUGACGGUGGCAAAAAGACAAGAAUAACAGGCAACAAAAACUACAUAGAUGGAGUCACCACCUAUAAAACUGCCACAGUCGCUAUUCAAGGAGAUAACUUUGUGGGCAUGAACAUGGGAUUUGAGAACUCUGCUGGAGCCGAGAAGCAUCAGGCAGUGGCAUUGAGAGUUCAAGCAGACAAGUCUGUGUUCUACAAUUGUUCAAUGGAUGGGUAUCAAGACACACUUUACGUACACGCCCUGCGUCAGUAUUACAGGGAUUGCACCAUUUCUGGUACCAUCGACUUUGUGUUCGGAAAUGCACUUGCUGUUUUCCAGAAUUGCACUUUCGUGAUCCGAAAGCCAAUGGAAAAUCAACAAUGCAUUGUGACUGCACAAGGUAGAAAAGAGAAAGAACAACCGUCUGCAAUA